UUAUAUAUAUAUACUAUAUACACACACAUAUGUAUUUAUUAUCUACAAUAUACAUGUCUAAUUAAUCAAUCUCAGUAGUGAUAUAUAUCAUAGCUAUAUAUAUAUAGAGACAGACCAUAGACUAUUAGACAAUCUUUAAAGAGAGAGAAACUACGCUCAAAAUACACAACUCAGUAUAUUUAUGUGAAUACCUUGAACUUGUUAGCGCAAUUGAAACGUGUUUCAAAAACGUAAUUUAGAAUUAAUUUGUAAUCACUUGGCAACAAUUUGCGUAAAACUUUUCGCGAGCACAAUUGGCAUUUGAAGCAAAAUUAUACAAUUGGCAUAAACGGUAUAUAUAUUUAUUUCUUGAUAAAUAAAUAUAUUUCAACAUUUAUAUAUCUGACAGUAAAACAACAACAAUCAGAACACAAAGCACUCUUUAAACUUGACUCUCCACCAAAAACCAAACCCCUGUGCAAUUCCCUCAACAAGAAAAUACCAAAAACACGCAAAAAUAUAUAUAUAUAUAUAUCGACAACCGUAAUCGCAACCGCAAUCGCAACAAUCUUCAAUUAUAAUACGCAAAAAGAAUAAGAGAUAAACGAAACGAAAAUCAAAAUACAAAGCAAAAAAAACACACUCGCAAAAAAACAAAGUGCAGAAUCUAGAUAUUUUUCAAUCAACAUUUGUUGCCAAUAAAAUUGUCAUCAUUGCCGCGUUAACAGAAACCACGGCGUCAGCAGCGAUUGCAGCGCUCAGUAUCAGCAGCAGCAGCUCUCUCAAGCGUCGCUUGCCACCGCCACCAACGCCAACGCGAACAGCAGCAACGCCGCAACGCCGACAAUCGCUGCCGCCGUUGCCAACAACGUCGCCGUCGCCAGUGCAGCAGCAACAGCCGCAGCUACAGCAGCAACUCCAUCGCCGCCGUUAACGGUAAAAAGCGAAAUCGUUGCAUCUGAUUCAACAGCCGAGUCCUCCCCUAUACAAGAUUUAAUUAUGCGCGGAAGCGACGAACUUUUGAGUCAAGCAGCAGUUAUGGCGCCCGCUUCCGACAAUAAUAAUCAGGAUCUGGCCACAAAGAAGGCCAAGCUGGAUUCGAGCACCGUUUUGGCCGGCGGAAUUGCCAAGGCCUCAAAAGUCGUUCACUUGCGCAACAUUCCAAACGAAUCUGGGGAAUCGGACGUAGUUACACUGGGCAUACCAUUUGGACGCGUGACCAAUGUGCUCGUGCUGAAGGGCAAGAAUCAAGCAUUUAUCGAAAUGGCCGACGAGAUAUCCGCCACAUCGAUGGUAUCCUGUUACACAGUGAAUCCGCCACAGAUGCGCGGACGCAUGGUCUACGUGCAGUUCUCCAAUCAUCGUGAGCUCAAGACGGAUCAGAGUCACAAUCAGAACUCGUCGGUGGUUCAGAGUGACUAUCGCAUUCAAUCGCCAGCCGGUGGCUCACCCUUGCCACUCUGUGCUGUGGGCAAUGCGAGCACCAAUAAUGCCAACAACACCGCCGAUAAUAACUGCAGCACUGUGGCCAUUCUGCAGAACAACACAAGUGCAGUGAAUGCAUCUUCGGCUGGCAACAAUACCAACGCUGCUGGCGGUCCAAAUACUGUGCUGCGUGUCAUUGUCGAGACGCUGAUGUAUCCGGUGUCGUUGGACAUUUUGCAUCAAAUAUUCCAGCGCUUCGGCAAGGUGCUCAAGAUAGUCACCUUCACCAAGAACAAUUCAUUCCAGGCUCUCAUUCAGUAUCCCGAUGCACACUCGGCACAGCAGGCCAAGUCUAUAUUGGAUGGCCAGAAUAUCUAUAAUGGCUGCUGCACUUUGCGCAUCGACAACAGCAAACUGACCGCCUUGAAUGUCAAGUACAACAAUGACAAGUCGCGCGACUUUACGAAUCCCGCGCUGCCACCGGGUGAGCCUGGUGUCGAUCUCAUGCCCACCGCCGGCGGCCUAAUGAAUACCAAUGAUCUGCUUUUGAUUGCCGCCCGCCAGCGGCCCUCACUAACAGGUGAUAAAAUAGUCAACGGUCUAGGCGCACCUGGCGUACUGCCGCCCUUCGCUCUGGGCCUGGGCACACCACUGACCGGUGGCUACAGCAACGCCCUGCCCAAUCUAGCCGCCUUCUCGCUGGCCAACAGCGGUGCCCUCCAAACCGCCGCCCCCGCCAUGCGCGGCUACUCGAAUGUGUUGUUGGUUUCGAAUUUAAACGAGGAGAUGGUCACGCCUGAUGCUCUAUUUACCCUCUUUGGUGUAUACGGCGAUGUGCAACGUGUAAAGAUUUUGUACAACAAAAAGGACUCGGCACUCAUACAAAUGGCAGAGCCGCAGCAAGCUUAUUUGGCCAUGUCUCACCUUGAUAAAUUACGUUUAUGGGGCAAGCCAAUACGUGUCAUGGCCAGCAAACAUCAGGCCGUGCAACUGCCCAAGGAGGGACAGCCGGACGCGGGCCUGACACGUGACUACUCACAGAAUCCGUUGCAUCGUUUCAAAAAGCCCGGCAGCAAGAACUAUCAAAACAUCUACCCGCCAUCGGCAACACUGCAUUUAAGUAACAUUCCCUCAUCCUGCACUGAGGAUGACAUCAAAGAAGCCUUCACCUCCAACAACUUUGAAGUCAAAGCAUUCAAGUUUUUCCCUAAGGACCGCAAAAUGGCGCUGCUGCAGCUGUCGUCGGUGGAGGAAGCUGUGCUGGCGCUGAUCAAAAUGCACAACCAUCAGCUGUCGGAGUCCAAUCAUUUGCGUGUGAGCUUCUCCAAGUCGAACAUCUAGAAUCCGACCCGGGGUCAGGUUCACUGAACUUGACUGAGUGCCAACAGCAGCAGCUAUCCGCUACGGCAGCAGAUCUUUUGGCAGCAACAGAUACAAUCUAUAAUUCGUAGUACAAGCGGCGUGCAGGGCAAUCGCCACAACACCCACUUCAACUGACAACCAACAGCAACAACAACAACAACAGCAACAGCAACAUUUAAAGCGGCAACCACAAGCAAAACUAGAACAACAAACAAACCCAACCAAUCCCAACCCAUCAACAAACAGCAGCAAAACAAUCGAUGCAAGAGCUAUAGCUAAUCUAAAUAAAAUAUAUAUAUAUAUAUACACACAUAUAUACAACAUACAAAUUCUAAAACAAAGAAAAACAAAUACUGUUUUCCCAAUAUUGAUCGCAAAUUCAAAACAAAACAAAACAAUUAAUUAUAGACUCCAACUUAUAUGAUGAAUACCAAUUCAAAUGUUUGCCACAAGUGUGCAGCAAGUAAAAAAAAAAAACUAAAAACAGAUUUAAAUAAAGCAAAGCAAAAGAAAAGAGCCCACUAAACAAUCAGCGACGUCGUAUAAUCAUAAGCUUAAAGUUAAUACUAUAUAUGUAGUCGAUAAGUCUAGUAAGUUGCAUUGAGAGAAACAAAAACAAAAGAAUACAAAAAAAAACAAACAACAAAAACAAAAACAAAAUUAGUUGUAAUUUGAGUGCACUGUACUGUGUUUUGGUUUUAAAAAACAUCAGCAGAGAGAAGUCAAAGCGAAACAAAAAAAAUCUUAAACUAAAAUUAUAAAAAAAACAACAUUUAUGUUUAAACAAAAUGAUGAUGAAGUGCGCAAACAUUUUAUUAUGUAUGAGUAUUUACUGUUAUUAUAUUUUAAGUGAUUGCAGCACGAUUGAUUGAUAAUCCUGAUUUCUACAAGUGAAAAACAAAAAAAAAACAACACAAAAGAGUUCAACUUAAAAAGCAAACGCGCAAAUAAGAUGUUUUUAAACGUUUUAUUUUUUUUUAUUAAAUAUUAUUAUUAAUUUUGUUAGUGGUACGAUUAAUGUUAAAAGUAAAUCUCAAUAUUAGAUCGAAAACGUGCACACUAAUUCCUAAGUGUACUCGUAAUUGAAGAAGCCAAGCAAAAAGGCGCUGAAAAAAAUGUAUUACAUUUAACAUAAAAUAAAAUCAAACUAUUGUCGGGCGUGUGAAGAGAAGAGAUCCCAUCAUAAAGUUAGUACGCCUAUUCGUUUAGCAUUAAAUCAGACACAAAACAAAAGUAACUCUUUUAAAGGCAGAUAUAACAGAUAAAAAAACAAACAAAAAAAAAACAUAAACAAAUUGAAAGUAAAGCGUACGUAAAAUCUUCUGUGUGUGUGUAUAUGUAAAUGUUGUUAAAUUAGAAAAAUAUUAUUAUAUAUACACAAAAUGAAAACAAAAAUAUAUACUGUAUAAUGGAUAUACAUAUGCAUACAAAAAAGGAAAAGAAAAAAACAUAAAUAUUUAUAGUAAGUAUAUAUAUAUAUGAAUAUAUAUUGAACUACAACAAAAACAUGAAACAGGAAAUAAAACAAAUUUUAAGAUACGAAAAUAAAAUCUCAAAAGAAUCGUAAUUAUAUCUAGGCCUAAGCAUACCAAUAUGAAAGACAUAUAAGUGUUUUUAGCAAAAACGAAAACAAAAACAUACAAAAAAAAGAACAAAAAGCAAAAAAGAAAAAAACUCAA